AUGAUUGACCUUGACGAGAGGUAUGUUCAGAACAUUCAAUUAGAAAAUCAGCUUUUCAAUGAUAUCGUUCAAGUACAAUUACCGCAACAGUAUACACUAGUCACUUAUCGAGUUAUGGCUAUUCUAGAUUGGUCAGCUCGCUUUUGUCGACAAGCAAAACACAUUUUCAAAACCGAUGAUGAUGUUUUCAUUAAUUCACCACUGUUAAUUCGCUAUGUGUCUAGACUAUUAUAUCCUCAACAGUCACCGAUAGCUCAAUCAACACUGUCGACAUCAACUAAUACUACCAACUCGACGUCUACCACGUCCACGACAUCCAGAAGUAUUAAUUCUGUGAGUCAUUCUGACGCUCUUCUAAAAACGUUUCGUCCGGAUCUAAUAUCGAUAUACGGAUAUAAGAUUUCCCAGCCACGUGUGAUCCGAGAUGCCGACGACGUGGUCCAACAACGCUAUGUAGUCACUGAAGAUGAGUAUCGCUGUUCGCAGUAUCCAGACUAUCUAAGUGGCUUCGGUUAUCUGCUACCAAAAGUAGCACGUGAUGCUGUUCUAUAUGCGUUCUACUUUGAUAAACAUCCGUUUCGAAUAUCCGAUGUUUAUAUUACCGGUAUUCUCCCCGAUUAUCUGCGCAUCAACCGAGAAUCAAUGUCAGAAUAUAAUAUUCGCUAUUUAGGUAGUUGCGAGACAUUUUUUAAUAACUAUAAACACUCGUUUGCAUGCGCUGUAGGCUCUCAUUUUGGCUCAGCAAAUGAUGUAUUUAUUCAGUAUAAUAAAUACUGGAAAACACUGAAAGCAAAUAUAGAAACAAUUUACUCUUUUUAA